CCUCGUCCGGCAGCUGAGAGUCACCGGGACCCGAGGAUCAUCGCACCCGGAGAAACACACACAGGAUCCGGCUGAACUAAACCCGGAUCACCGGUCACUUCUUCUCCACGCAGCUUCUCUACCGGAUCCAUCAUGGUGGUCGUGGCAGCCGGGGCGACCCACAAAGUGCUCCUGAUCUCCGGGAAGCCGAGCUACAGCCGGCCGCUGUCCCUCGUCCUCCCGGCCUCCAGCCCCGCGUCCUCCUCGGACUCGGAGUCCAACUCGUCCGCGGGGCCUCCGGUCCGGAAGAGGCAGAGACUCACCCACCUGUCCCCGGAGGAGAAGGCGCUUCGCAGGAAGCUGAAGAACAGGGUCGCAGCUCAGACAGCCAGAGACAGGAAAAAGGCCAAGAUGGGGGAACUGGAGCAGCAGGUCCUGGAGAUGGAGCUGGAGAAUCAGAAACUUCACAUCGAGAACCGGCUGCUCCGGGAAAAGUCCAGCGGCCUCCUGACAGAAAACGAGGAGCUGAGACAGAGACUUGGGCUGGACACCCUCGACUCCAAAGAAAAGGUUCAGGUCCAGUUGUCCACUGUGAACGACGCAGGUUUAGGGGUCGGGUCUUCUGAGUCCGCAGCACUCAGGCUACGUGUGUCCGCAGCAGGUGCAGGCCCAGCACUCCCUAAAUCUGAAGACUUCACAAUGGAUACACAUGUUCCUGACACUACAGACACUGAGUCUGAUUUGCUCAUGGGCUUUCUGGACAUCCUUGACCCAGAGCUCUUCCUCAAGUCUUGUGAGCAGGAGUGCCAGGAGCCGCAGGUGCUGCUGGUCGGAGGGGGGCACCCAGUACCUGCCGCCUCACCUGCGCCUCUGGGGGCCGCACCAGUUAAGCUGGAGGCCCUUAAUGAACUGAUCCACUUUGACCACAUCUACACCAAGCCCGUGGAGGAGGUGAGCGACGGGCUGGGCAACGACUCGGAGAGCGACGAAUACGACGACGAAGAGGAGGAGAUGGACGAAGAGGAGAAGAUCGAUGUCCAACAGGAGGCGGCGUUCCCUGAUGUCCAGGUCGAGGAGGAGACAGUUUCCAUCAAAGACGAGCCGGAGGAAGUGGUCAUCCCCAGCUGUGACGAUCACAGUGUGUUGGAUGAGUUCUUCUCCACGUGCUCCCCCCCGGCGCUCGGCGGCCUGGAGAAGGAGCCCUGCCUCGCGGACACCUACAGUGACUCCGGAUACGAGGGUCCCCCGUCCCCCUUCAGCGACAUGUCCUCGCCCUUGUGCUCAGAAAGCUCCUGGGAAGACAUGUUCGCCAAUGAACUUUUCCCCCAACUUAUCAGUGUCUGAAUCCACCCGUCAGCCCAACAACUUAGAAUAUACCUGCCUAUCAUGUAGUGUUCAUCCACUACAGCUAAAGCAAACCAGGCUUCAUUGUAACAUGGACGCAGCUCAACCUGCUCACACAUAUACAUCCAGGCUACAGUUAAGCACAUAAUCUCCUUGUAUUACAGCAGGUCUGUACCACUGAUACUGCAUUGAAUUGUGGGAUAUGGAGUUUAUGACUGCUUAGUUUAGCCUCCACUUAAUUACCGCAGAGAAUCUUUAAGGUUUUUAUUACAAAUCUUGUCACUCAAAGAUGACAUGUGGGUGGAUUUCAGUAUUCCUGUAAAUUUGUAAGGGGGGGGGUGGGGACCGAUCAUUUAAAUAUAUAUUAUUUAUUUGUAUACUCAGCUUCGGAGUCAUUGUAUUGUCUGCAUAUACAAACGCUAUCUUCUAAUUUGUUUGCCGCUCUCUUUGUAGUCUAUUUACUGCAUUAAAAAACUUUUUGCAUUGCA